AUGUCGCUCGUUUCGGGAGAGAAGACGAACUUCCAGUUCAUCUUGCGUCUUCUGAACACCAAUGUCGACGGCAAGCAAAAAGUCAUGUACGCCUUGACCAAGAUCAAGGGUGUCGGUCGCCGAUACUCCAACUUGGUCUGCAAGAAGGCCGAUGUCGACCUGAACAAGCGUGCCGGUGAGCUCACCACCGAAGAGCUCGAGCGAAUUGUCACCAUCAUCCAGAAUCCGACCCAGUACAAGAUCCCUUCCUGGUUCCUCAACCGACAGCGCGACAUUGUCGACGGCAAGGACUCGCAGGUCCUGGCCAACGGCGUCGACUCCAAGCUGCGCGAGGACUUGGAGCGCCUCAAGAAGAUCCGCGCCCACCGUGGUCUCCGCCACUACUGGGGCCUCCGCGUCCGCGGCCAGCACACCAAGACGACUGGCCGCCGCGGCCGGACUGUCGGUGUGUCCAAGAAGAAGGGUGGUUAA